AUGGCUGGCCAAUCAGCAAAAAGGAUAGCUAAAGAAGCUGCCAAAUACACAUCAAUUUACCUUUAUAUAAUGAUUUCUUGCAUUUUAAUUCAUUUCAUUUCUAAAGGAUUAUACAACCCAUCAAAAUUGCUUGGAAGAACUGGUUUUGGAUUUGCAGUGAUUUCUACCAUAUAUUUAUUUACUUACUCUAGUAUCAAGUCUCGUUUAGAAGUUGGAGUAGGUUAUUCAAUGUACCAAGAUGUAUAUAUUUUAAACUCUUUGGUUGCAAUAUUGUCCAUCAUAUCAAGCUAUUUCUGGUAUAUUUUUUUGCUAAUCCCAAUUUACAUCAUCUACAAAAUUGGAAAAAUAAUUAUUAAUUGGGUAUUCACCCCCGAACCUGGAAUAUAUCCGGCAUGUUCGAAAACAAUCCCUGUUAAUCAUAAGCAUCCUUUGUAUAUAUCUUAA